CCCGGCUCUCACCGCGGACUUGCCCGUUGUCGCGGUCGCCGCCGGUUUUCCCGCGCGGACUCGGUCGUCACGGCGAGCGACGGCGGCGACACCGGCGCCGGUCGCGGUCGCCGCCGACCACCGGUUGCCGGUUUUGGCAUUUUGGCGCGGUUUUCUCCCCGUCUCGCCCCCCGUGGCGGAGGGACACCGCGGGCCGAGUCUCGUCGCUCGUAUAACAGCCGUGCGCAGCCGACGGCCACACCCACUCUGUCUGAGCGAGGCGGCGGCGGAGGAGACUGUCACACGCACGCGCGCACACGCACACGCACGAUGCUUCCCUGCUGCAACUUCACUCUCAGACGCAGACGUUGUCCCUCGAGCACGUUCUUCUAGCUCGUCUUCGCCCCGGUUGUGGACUUUUAUUGGGAUUCUUUUUCCUGCCCCGGACGCCCUGUUUCCCUUUUCUUCACUUGUGAAUCGCUCCGCAGUUAAAGGACAGUUGAAGAUUCCGCAAGCAAACAUGUUGCAAAGCUUCGCCCAGUCGCAGGACUGGCUCUACUCGGAGCCGCCGCUCUUCGACGACGAGUUCUUCCAGAGUCUGGUGAAGGACCUGCAGUCGCUGCCGACGCCGCCCCAGUCCCCCCCCACCAAGGCCGGGCUGGCCGGCAGCAAGCCCCUGUCCAAGGAGGACCAGCUGAGCUACGUGUCGGACAUCCUGCUGGAGGACCAAGACAUGCAGCUCAACUGGAACAGCGACUUCUUCCACGCCGCCAGCGCCGUGGGGAAGCCGGGCGAGCCCGGCAGCCAGCCCUGCUCGCCGCUGGAGGAGGCCGACGAGGACUGCCUGUGGCAGUGCCUGGCCUCGGACAAGUGCCUGGAGGAGAAGCUGGCCGCCUCCGUGCUGGGCUCCAGCCCGCUGCUGUCCGACAUCGACACCAGCAUCUUCGAGGAGAUCGCCGGCUCCACGCUGGACUGCCAGAACCUGAUGGAUGCGCAGGAGCCCUGCAACGAGGCCACGUCGGACUACGGCUCGACCGGCGGCGAGCUCUCCAACUAUUCGUCCAGCGACUCUGAAGAGGAGAUCGACGUGGUGACGGUCGUCCGCUGCACCUCCAGCCCUUCGCCGUCCGUCCGCCAGCAGCGGCUCGAGGAGGAGCAGCGGGCUCUCAAGCGCCACAACAUGGAGAUCCACCUGCAGCACAACUACGCGGCGCCCUGCCCCGCCUCGCCGCCGCCCUCGUCCAAUAAGCGCUCGCGAGGGAGCGAGCGUUACCACUCGUCCCGCAGCUCCUCCGCCUCGUCGCUGUCGUCCUUGUCGCGGUACCACCACAACAACAACCACCACCACCACAACUCGUCCCGGAACCCGGCGGAGACGGAGGACGAGGAGGAGAGGCGGCGCACCCACAACGUGAUGGAGCGGCAGCGGCGCAACGAGCUGAAGAACUGCUUCAUGCGCCUCCGCGACAACGUGCCGGAGCUGUCGCACAACGACAAGGCGUCCAAGGUGGUGAUCCUUAAGAAGGCCAGAGACUGUAUUUACAACCUUGAGGACGAGGGCCACCGGCUGCAGAGCAAGCGGGAGAGACUCCGAGCCAAACAGGAAGAGCUGAAAGCCCGGCUGGAAAAGCUCCACAGCUAAUGGACCCGGGGAGGGAGGGGGGGGGGGGGGGACUACGGGCUGCAUUUUUAGCCAUGUAUAGACAUUGUGUGAUCGGGAGGAGGAGGAGGGAGAGACUUUGUACAAAGACAGAGGGAUGGGGCGGCGAUAACGGACGGCGUGUCAUGCUGAAAAAAAAAGAAGCGCACAAAGUUGGACAUUUCAAAAUACUUUACGGUAACGAGGGGGUCCGGAGCGAGUCGACCCGCCGCCGUUGCCGAGGACGGACACAACACACUCAUUGCCUCAGAGCUGAUCAUUCUCAUGCCUUGACUGCUGACUGUUGUAGAACGUAGGACGAUUGUUUUUUUCAAGGACAAAGCAAAAAAUAUAUAUAUUUUAAAGUUGUUUUUUUUAUAUAGUUUGGCUGGACGCACACUGAAAAAAAAGUAUAAAGUACAACACAUCCCUUUGUAAAUCGUUUGUUUCCUGAUGUCGUUCCCAUUUGGAGGAGUUUUUUUUAUCUUUACACGCCGUGAUGACACGAGAGGCGGGACGCGCCCGUCGGGUCAGAUUAACGGAAGGAAGCCGGCGUCACUGCAGCUCAGCAGUCGCAACGAAACUUGAAUAUUGUUUUCAGGAUGUCUUAUAGCCAUACUAACCAGUGAUCCCUCCGCUCUGACUGUGUGUGGCGGCUUUUGAAGUGAUUCUGGUCGACGGCGGCGGCGGUGCUGUUUUUUUUCUCGUUUCCAGCUAAAUUCCAGUUCUAAUCUUCUUCAUUUUAAUUUAAAUUCAGUGUGCGUUCAGCCGUGUCUGGCCUCAGGCGGACCCUCGGGCCCAACUACCACUCUUGUUAUCAGGUUAUUGUGUGUUAACGACAAUACUGUAUUGACCAGGUUUGAUACUGUACUCGUAACAAUAAUGCUCGGCAAUCGGGUUCAGUUCACCAGCAAGUUCACUCACUACAGUGUGUGUAUGUGCGCGUGUGUGAGCGUGCGUGAGCGUAUGUGUGUAUGCUGACAACGGAAAUCAGUUUGUUUCGUCAUUAAAUGAAAUGUUUUAAAAACUCGAUCGUAGCCAUAUUGAACAUCCUUCAGGUUUUUUGCGGAGACUGGACCAGAGGGUGAACUGAGCCCGCGCCGCUUUUCGCUGUUGUAGCAAAAAAAUUUAGCCAAAGUUGUCGGGGACAGGAAAAACCUCGGAGGGGGGAAAUAUUUGGUUCUUCCCAUUGUCUGCGGGCCAACGGUUCUGACUGGAGGAAGCCAGUGUUCAAACGGCGAUACUGUGACGUUUACAGGAACUGUCAACAUUUUUAUUUUUAAUUAAAAGAUGAUCAUUAUCCAGUGGAAAUCGCUUUAAUCGUUGUUUUGGUUUAUCAGACCUUUUGAAAUCUAAAUACUACAAUAUACAAACAAAUUGUUGUUUUUAUACAGUGGAAUUAAUUUGUCCCAAUACAAAAGUUACAUGAAUGAGGGGCCACUGACUUGUAAUCAACAUUCCCCUUGUUUUUAAGAAGUUUGGACGUUUCCCUCCGCCUGGCGGCCAUUUUGUGCCGCCGGUCUGGCUCGGUUGUGAAGGUUUGAACUGCCCGAGGUCGUACGUGUUCUCCAGGUUCACCUGUUGUUGUAUCCGUUUGAAUAUCAGGUGUUUUGUUGAACUUGUACUUUGGGCUGGAUCUGAAGUUUGAAACGCCAAUAAUGGGGGUUGGAUAUUUAAAGGAAUGCCGUUUUUAUUGCUGAAUCUCGUUCUAUCUAUUAUUGCCAACGUUAUCAAUUAAUGUGCUGGGGUUUUUUUGUUUUUCUUUUGUAAUGAUGAUGCACAGCGCUUUGCCCGUUUUGUGUGUCGGACGUCUUAAGAUGCAUCCCGUUAUUACAAAAUAAGAGUUCUUCCUCCUUCAGACUGAGUGUACUUGAACAGGUUGGUAGGAAUAAGGAGAAAAGAGGAAAAUGUUCCUCGUUUUCUUUAUUUCUUUAUGUCGCUGUCUUGUUAAAACCUCCCUUACUUCUUCCAACACGGAAGCCUCGGCUUCUUGGGUUUUCUCUUCCAGACUUUUUGUUGUUGUCGUUCUGUUUGUGACUAAACUGCCUUUCUGAAGAAGCUCUCUGGGUUUUAACGAGACAGCGGGGGUGAUUUUUCUUGUUUUUUGUUCCUAGCAUCAUAAAACCUACCUCCACCUGGCUGCAGUCUGGCCUGUAAUGCGUUUUUUUUUUUUGUGGUUUAAAUAUUGUACAGAUUUUGUAAAAUAAAAAAUGUUUUAUGUAAAUAGUUUUGUUUGUAUCAUAAAUUAUUUUAGCCUUUUAUUUUUCUUAGUUUGUUUUGAAUUUUAAGGAUUCUAAAAGAAAUGUCAUGUUCUUUACCAAGCAGCACUUUUCUUUUUUUUAAAUGAUGUAAUUAAAGAAUGAAUGGGAGUUCAA